GGGCCCUCCCAAGUUUCUUUAUCACCUUCUCUUGUCCUGGCAAGGUCUAUCAGAGCCUGUCUUACGACUUCCUAAAAAUGUCAAAAGACCCCAAUAAAUGGAUAUUUCAAAACAAAUUAUUGAAAGAUGUGGAAAAUUUUAGGUUGAAGUUAAAGUAUAAAGGAGACAAGACAAAGAUUGAGACUUCUAAAAUUUUGUCAGAGGCUGUGAGAACCGGAUCUUUAGACAUCUCUUUUAAUCUCAACACGCUCCCUAAAAAAAAAUUUCAGAAACUUACAAGCCUCACCAAGCUUACUAUGAGCGCAGCUGGUGCCAGUGAGUUAAUUUCAGAAAUAAAAUAUUUACCGAAUUUGGUAUAUUUAAACUUGACUGGAAAUUACCUUGUUAAUCUUCCUUUUGAAAUUACUUCUUGCUCUGCUCUUAGAACACUGCUUUUAGCCUCGAAUAAGUUUACGAAGGUACCGAGUUAUCUAACGAAAUUGACUUUGCUUGAAGAGUUAAGCUUUGAAAAGUGCGAAUUAGAGAAUAUUUCGGGGAUAAACGCUAAUGUUCAAUUAAGAAAACUUAAUUUAUGUGGAAAUAAAAUUUCACAACUGCCUGAAGAAUUUAUGCAGUUAACUUCGUUGGAGCAUUUGGAUAUCUCUGACAAUUUGUUGGAAAAACUCCCAGAAGAUUUUGGAAAACUCAUCAAAAUUAAAGAACUUCAUGUGGAGCGUAACAGACUUGAGUAUCUUCCGAACUCAAUGAAUUGCAUGGUUAAGCUAAGAGUCUUACAAAUUAAACCCAAUCCAAUCAAAGUGUUCCCCAGAAUUUGGGAAAACAUGAUUGAAUUGGACUUGUUGGAUCUCUCCAGCUUGAAAAUCGAGGAGCUUCCCGCUGAGGUGGUUCCUCAGUUGAGAGGAUUUCGAGAAAUUAUCUUAAGCAAUAACUUGAUUACCGCGUUACCUACUGAAUUGAGUACUCUCGGAGAAGUCGUUGAGCGUAUCGACCUUAAAAACAAUCCCAUUAUAAAAUGGCCAAUUACAGUUAGGCAGAUGAAGAAUAUCGAGUUCAACUGGAGUUCCAUUAAUAUUAAUAACGUCACUGAAUGAAUUUGUUAAUAAAAUUUUUCUUAUUGG